AUGGCCAAGAUGUCCGACAUGAAGAUAAGCCCGUCCACUCGAUCCAGCAUGCCUACACAUAUCGACCGUGACGUCAGGAAUUGCAUCCUUCCCCUGGUCACGUCAAGAGCCUACCACCAUGGCCAGGGAUCAGCCGACCGGUGUCCUUCACACCGGCCAAGCGCUUCAGCAAACUGGCAAACAAAUCGCCAUUUCUGCAUGGGACGUUUAUACCUUAAACUGUAUCUCUAUCAUCAUCGACAGUGUUCUACGUGGAGAAACACGCGCCGACAAGUGCAAACACUGCGAGCUGCCAGUGGGCCGUGGCCGAGUCGAGCUGGGAAUGAAUGUAAUCACCAUACGCGCUGCCUGUCCACGACGAAGCCAGCGUUGGCGACACACGACGCAGCCACGGCCAGCGCCACGCCGCCCACGGUCCCCUCGACGUCCUUUUUGGGCGAGAUGAGCGGUGCCAGCUUGCUGCGUCGACUAAACUUGUACUUACGCUUGGUCAGCAACUUACCCGUCACGUACGCGCCAGUGUCACAGCCCCACACGAUAAAGAGGUAG